CCCACACAAAACAAUCCUCUGCUUUUUCAGCUUCUGGUUCCCACACACCACACCAAACAAUAAACAAACAACCAUAGCAUCAACUAGUUGGAUUCUCUCUGUUCCUCCUCAAAGCCGCUCGCUCUCUCUCUCUUCUAUACCAAUCAUCUCUCUCAAUUUCAGAGAUUUGGGAUGGGUUACUCUCAAAUUAAUUGCUUAUUGUGUUCUGCUCUGUUUUGGUUUAAAGAUAUUAGAAAUUGAAAUCAAACCCAGAUUUCAAAAUUGGGUCUUGUAAUUUUUUUAUUUUAUUUUUAUUACUACAUACUUUCUGACCAAAAUCAGGAUCUGGGCUUUUAAAAUUUUACUUGUUUUUCAAUUGGGUUUUCAAAUUUUUUGCCUUCUUUUGAUUUGGUGACCCAUCUCAAAUUUCUCUCAAACCCCUGUUUUUUUGAACUAUCAGGGUAGUUUUUCAUUUCAGUAUCGAGAGAGCGGGCGGCUAGAGUUUUCGAGCUUUGGUUGUUGAAUUUGGUGGUUGUGUGUCAAUGGAUCAAUCUGGGAAUAGUGGCAAAUCAAAAAAAGUUAUUGAAGAAACUGAGAAGAUGGCCCAGAUGGAAUGGGUGAGAGACCAAACUAAGGACUUCGACAUCGGCUUCGAGAGGCCACAAUGGAAGCCAGUUUUUGAAGAAGCUUCCAUGUCAAGUAGGCCUCUCAAGAAGGUCAAAAGUCCUGAACGCCAAGACCCAUUUCAAUCCUCUGUUUCUUCAGCUCAACAAACUCCUUCUCUGUCUCUCUCAUCCUCUGUUCCUUACACUACUACAGCACCCAUAGCUUUCCCUCCAUCAUCAUCUUCAAGGCUUGUAUUUCCUUUUGCCUUGGAUAAUUCUCAACAAUCCAUGGAAAAUCUACACCAAUUCCAAACCAACCCGCCUCCUCUGUUCCUUCAACCGCCACAAAAUCAACAGCAAAUGAUUUCCUUUGCUCCUCAGAACCAAAGCCUAGGCUUCCCACCAUACUUUGCCGGAGACUCGGCUCCAUCACAGCAGCAAUUACUGCAGUACUGGAGUGAUGCACUGAAUUUGAGUCCAAGAGGAAGGAUGAUGAUGAUGAACAGGUUGGGACAGGAUGGUCGGGGCUUGUUUAGGCCUCCAGUGCCCCCUAUUUCACCUACCAAGCUCUACAGAGGAGUGAGGCAGAGACAUUGGGGCAAAUGGGUAGCUGAAAUUCGUCUCCCUCGAAACAGGACUCGCCUCUGGCUCGGCACCUUUGACACAGCAGAGGACGCCGCCUUAGCCUAUGAUCGCGAGGCCUUUAAGUUGAGGGGAGAGAAUGCUCGGCUCAAUUUCCCCGAACUCUUCCUCAAUAAAGACAGAGCAGCUUCGUCAGCGCCCGGUUCAUCUUCAUCGUCUCCUCCUACUCCCCAUGGAAAUUUGGCUCCUAGCCGGUACUCGAAACAACCUCAGGAAGCUUCAGAAGGCCCAAAUUUGGAGGUUUCAAGUAUGGAAAUGCCACCACCAGAGUGGCCCAAACCUCAAGAAGAUAACCCAGAUGAGGAUUCGGGAUUGGGGUCGAGCGAGGUCACAGUUGCAGGGGGUUCUGGAGCAGGGGAAGGUAUUUUGGAGUCAUCGGAAUUGGUUUGGGGUGACAUGGCAGAGGCUUGGAUGAAUGCAAUUCCAGCUGGUUGGGGUCCAGGUAGUCCAGUUUGGGAUGAUUUGGACACAACCAAUAAUCUUCUGUUGCCUUCAAAUCUUCCUUUUGCCAAUGUUCAUCAGCAGGACUUGAGUGGUUCUAAUCCUCAAAAACAGGAACAGAACAUCGCCCCGGCUGAUUCAUCGUCUUCUUCUUCUUCAUGCCCUAUGAAGCCCUUCUUUUGGAAGGAUCAGGACUGAAUAUUCACACACAAGACCUCUUCCCCCCCCCCUCUCUCUCUCUCUCUCUCAGUUGGAGAAAAGAUUUUAGACAAUCUCCUCAGAUAUCUUCACCGGGUUGCAUAUUUUUCCACAGAAACAGCCUGUGAUUUCAUUACUUUUACUUCUCUUUCUUUUACUUUAUUAUUGAACCCAAUCCUCAGUCCUCCCUCCCCUUCCUUCCUUCCUUCCUUGCCUCUCUCACUGGUUGCUGAUUUUUGACAAAACAACCUGUGAUAUUUUUCUAUGGAGCAUUGUUACCUCUCUUUUCCAUUGAGUUCUUCAAACCUGCUCAGUAACCUUUUACUUCCUUUUCACAAACACAGAAACUGUCAUAGAACCCGACACAGGUUUUUACACUAAAAAAAAAUUAAUCUAUUCAUAUACAUUCUGUGUCCUGUGGCAGGUUUGUGCUUGUUAUUCUUUUACAAAAGCCUAAGGACGCUUCUAGAUCCUCCCCUCCUACCCCAUCUGCUACACAACGGCUGCAUAUUUUUAGGCCUUUUGACAGUGGCAGUUCACUACAUGCAUUUUCAGUAGUAGUAGUAGUAAUAACUAGCUAGAAACUAUUAUGUAUUUGGGCUGUUGAUAAUGUUUCAUGUAGAAUAGGACAAGCUUAGAAGGAGACAGUUUUGUGAUCUCCUCCAUUGAACCAUCCAUUGCAAGCUCUGUUUUUCCAGCUUUGAGGAUGGGAACAAGCUAUAUAGUUUUCUACAUUGUUAGUUUUUAUCUUACUAUUGUAAUGUUAUCAUGUUCCAUUUAGCAAAUAGAAUCAAUCAGUUCAAACAUUUUUACACCCA